AUGUCAAAUAGAAAACAAACUGAGAAUAUACCUUUGCAAGUUAAAACAUUUUCCAUGUUGCAAAUAGAAGACAUUGAACCAGAAAAAAAUCUUGUUCAAUUAGAAAAUGGACGAAAAAUCACCUAUGAUUAUUUAAUAGUAGCUGCUGGUAUUGAAAUAAAUUUCAAUAGAAUAAAAGGAGCUAUUGAUGCAUUAGAUAAUGAUCCACAACAUGUAGUUAGUAUUUACACUCGAAAAUACGCUGCUAAUGUUUAUAACACACUUAAUAAUUUUCGUAAUGGUCAAGCAAUAUUUACAUUUCCAGCUACACCUAUUAAAUGUCCUGGAGCACCACAAAAAAUAUUGUAUCUUGCUGAAGAUUUAUUCCGAAGAAAUAAUGUACGUGAUAAAACUACAGUUACAUAUAAUACUUCAUUGCCAGUUAUUUUUGGCGUUAAAAAAUAUGCAGCUGCUUUAAUGGAAAUUGUCAAAGAACGAAAUAUUCAAUUAAACACUCGAUUGAAUCUUGUUGAAGUACGGGCCAACUCAAAAGAAGCUAUUUUCGAAAAUCUCGACCAACCCGGUACUAUGAAAACAUUUAAAUACGAUUUAUUGCAUAUUGGUGCUCCUAUGCAACCUCAUGAAUUUUUGGCAAAAUCUACAUUAGUUGAUGCAAAUGGUUAUGUUGAUGUUGAUAAAGAAACAUUACAACAUAAAAAAUUUCCUAAUGUUUUUGCUAUUGGUGAUUGUGCUAACCUUCCAACGAGUAAAACAGCUGCUGCUAUUGCUGGAUCAAAUGGUAUUCUUGUCCGAAAUUUAAGUAAUUUAAUGUUUGGCAAAUCUGACAAAGUUCCAAAAUAUGAUGGUUAUACAAGUUGUCCACUGUUGACCGGUUAUGGCAAAUGUAUUCUAGCUGAAUUUGACUUUGAUGGAAAACCAUUAGAAACGUUACCUAUUGAUCAAUCAAAAGAACGUCGACUUUCAUACAUAUUGAAAAAAGAUAUUAUGCCGGCAAUGUAUUGGCAUAUGUUAAUCAAAGGUAAAUGGAAUGGACCAGCAGUAUUCCGUAAAAUGUUUCAUCUUGGCAUGUCUGGUUAA